UCGAAUCCUUAUUAGCAUCUUUUCAAGUUGCACCCGAUCCGAAUGACAAACAUGCGAUAAGUAAUUUACUCGUUAAUCCACUAUGGUUAUUCACGCGUGUCCGGCGAAAAUCAGCUGUCAAGCAACUUGAGAACUACAAAAAUGGCAUCAGAUAGCGGUGAACCAUCGGCGUCCUUCAAGCACGCCAUCAACAAUUUACAGGGUCAGUUAAAAAAAUCCUUUCUCAAUGCUUAUCCGCACCACACCGUUCCUGGUUACAAUAUCUGCAAGAACCCAAAUGUUGAGAAUUAUGAUGAGGACAAUCUGAUCAUGGGUCUCUUCAAAGAGUUCCCGUACAGUUCUGAUCUACCAAAGCCUCUGUUGCCACCAGCAAGGCUGCCGCAAUGUGUCUUGAAGAACCAAGAUCCAGCUCUGAUGCUACUCGCAGUUAAAUCGAAAAUCAAAGACCGCAUAAAACGAAUAACCGAGUAUCAUGAAAAACGUAGAAGAGACUUAGCAGUUGUUCGCAAGAAAAAUGUAAAAUGGGAGGAGAAAGAUGACCACACUAAGCAAACCACGAUUCCAAAAUAUGUGGCUGAGUUGGCCAGUAUCCUAGAGUCAGAUCCUGAUCCUGAUUUCGAAGGAGAAUACAACUGGUAUUGCACAGGAGGAUCACUCGAUCAAAUAAUUCUCUCUGAUCGACAUAUUUUGUUAUUCCCAUAUGCCAAUGAAUUAGUCGCUACACCAAUAGUUGAAAAAAGCAAAUCACUUUGGAAGCCAGACCUUAGCAUGGCAGCAAAAUGCGCUAUCAAGAGUCCAGUACAAGAAAUAAGACACUCCGUAACGGCAGGCAAUGUCGGUAAAAUAUUAACCAGACAAAAAUACAGUUGUCGCUUUUACACGCUCUCUACAAUGAAAGGGAAAUUGGAAUUGGAAGAAAUACACCGACAACAAUCUGAUUCACCUUACGUCAGUGCAGAUUUGAAUCCCGUUUCAUUGAAUAAAUAUUGCUUAGUCAAUAGCGAGAGAUCAGUGGAACUUUGGGACUUGAACAGAAUGAAAUACGUGAGCAGUACAUCCAUGCCAAAGUCGAGUUCAAUAACGGAUAAUUGGGCCAGCGUGAGAUUCAAUCAAUCAGAUCCAAACUUGGUUACGUUCGUUGACAGAUGUUGUCUACACUACAUCGACCUGCGAACGCCUCUGGAUGGACCUACUCUGACUUUAUGUCCUGAAUACAAUUUGGAAUUAUGUGAAAAACUUUCUCUGAACGACGCUAGCAAACACAAUCCAUUUUUUCAAUAUUUAGGAACAUAUCAUAGCCUAUUGUUAUGCGACAGCCGUUUCGGAAAAUCAUCCGUUGUACAAAAAUGGACCCAUCAAUUCAAAAGUGCUCCGCUGUUUUCUGGAAUCGUCUUGAGAAACGAAGAAGAGAUCAUCACAUUAUCCAGUCAACUCUCCGGGGAAAGCACAAUGAUUAUAAAUAAUUGGACUAGCGAUACUGACAUGCAUUCGCACAGUCUGCCAUUUAUGCCUUUGAGUAUAUCGGAGACACUGAGAGCGUGUCGAGACAAAGGAAUGUGUCUAGAUCCAACUAUAAAAACUAGAGUAGAACUCUGCAACGCUGGAACAACUUUGAACGUAACCGACACCAACGAUGUAACAUUCUUCACUCAGAACUCUAUAGGUGACAUAUUCUACCAGUGCAUAACGCAUGAGAAAAUGUCAGAAAGUAUAGCAGAAACAAAUCACAGGUCUUUGUUGGCGAUGGACGCUUGGGAAGAGGCGUGUUUGAAACAAAGAAAAACCGUAAAGCCGUUGGUUAUAUCGGAGAAAGCGGAUAUGACACACAUCCUGAAUGAAAUGACCAACACUGGCCUACGCUUGGAGAGUUACGAACCAAAAGCGCGAGAGUUUGAACCUAGGUGGUUUCAAUCUAUGGAAAAGUUGAGUUCUUACAUCGAUAUCUUAGCCCCGGAACUUUUGUCGGUUUGGGAUGUAAGGCAAGACUCUGUGCCUUACUCCAUCACACCGCACCAGAAAGUUCUGAGUUGGUUAGAAAAAAAAACUUCUUCGCAGAAUCUUACGCAGUCGCAAGAUCCGACUCUGUCGCAAGGCGACAUGUUCAACGAGUCCAACGAAGGUUACAACAGCCAAGAGUUGAUCAGCGUAUCUCAGAACAUAAAUUCAAGUUUUGCUCUCAACGAUUCUUUGACCGAAAAAAUCAUAAACGACGCACCAGCUCCGGUAACUCGCAAAACGAGGACCGCGAAAAAACGCAAGUUUGUCGCUGGCUUUUGAUCCACAGGCCACAGAGAAAUAUUUUUUUACCCCUCAGGGUUCGGAAUCAGAGAUAGGAAGAGAUAAGGUUUUAUCGUUUAUAAUUACAUUGUAUAUGUAUUUAUAUUUACAAAAUGUGUUGUAACAAGCAAUUGAAACAUGUUGAAUAAAUUACUCUUUGACACGA